AUGGCGGAACCUGUGGAAAAGGAGGCGUUAAUUGUUGAGAUAAUGAGUGGGGAUAGGGCCCAGCAGCUGUGCUUCUGGCUCUUUCUUUGCUUCCGCCCGGCGCUGGCUGGUGUCCCUGGUCCCUGCCGUCACUCUGUAACCCAGGAUCAUUUCCUGAGCCUAAACCGCCUGAUUGAUAACCAGUUGGAUAACAGCUGUUUCAUUAUCUACCCGUUCACCGAGUGUCUCAAUCUGAGUAAAGUGUGUUGUGUUAAAGCAGCGUUCCCACACAUCCUCGAUCUCCUCAGCUCACAUUUCCAUUAUGCCCAGAGUUCAGACAACAGACGAUACGUCAGCACAUUGGAAACCGUCAUCUUCCACCUGUACUCACAGGGCUGCGUCCCUGAGAUCAACGAGGAGUAUGAGGACAGUCCAGUCCGGUUCCUGAGGAUUGAGCAGAGUUCUCCUAAGGAGGCUCUCAAGAAGGUCCGCUCUGUGAUCAGGAUGUACAUGAGCCUGAUAAAUGAGAACUCCGACCCCCUGGACUGGGACUGUAAGGAUCAGUACGCUGCUGAGGACGACCCACAAUCCACACCUGGAACCAGCCAACCAGAGCGUCCUGCGAGUCUGGCUCUCUGAGUGCUGCUGCUGCUAAUCCAGAACUGGAGCUGAGUCAUGAACUCUCUGUCGUCAGGGAGACUUGAAGCUGCUCUGUGAGGAGGAGGAGGGGAAGGAGGAGACAGAGGAGGAGGAGUAAGAGGAUGGGGAGGAGGAGGGGGGAACACAGGAGGAGGAGGAGGAUCCUGGAUGAAGACCUGAUGGAGGAGCACUGAGGAGGACUGAGGAGGACUGAGGAGGAGAAGGAGGAGCAGAGGAGAGGAGAAACUUUGAGGACAGAACUGUAACAAACAAUAAAUAUGACAUGACAACAUGUAAGUAUGAUGACAUCAUGCAUAAAGGCUCUUUCAGAUCAAUAUUUUAUUUCAUUUUAUGAAAGUGAAAUAAAGUCUCAUAUUUAAACUUCA